AUGUUCGCGGUCGUACCCGUAAGCCCUUCCAAUAGACGUCAAGGCCUUCAGUUGUCUUAUAAAACGAGUUCAACCGCCCGCAAGUACACACUUUGUUACUUUCACGCGAGCAGUGCACAUUUUAGUAAAAUGUUCAGGCUCAUAUUAUUAGCCUUUGUGGCAGCAGUCGCGUGUCAGCAACAAGAGGGUGCUAGACGAGUUCCGAAGUACGCGGGUGAUCCGAAAACAGCUGCUAUUGUGCAAGAAGCUCGGUAUCUUAGUGGAAAUGGUGCCUUCGGAGCCGCUUAUCAACAAGAAGAUGGUAUCGACUUCAAAGAAGAGACAGAUGCUGAGGGCAACAGGAGAGGAAGCUAUUCAUAUAUUGACCCCAGUGGGCAAAGGAAGACUGUGAACUAUGUUGCUGGUAAAAACGGAUUCCAGGCUGUCGGAGAUCAUAUUCCCACUGCCCCCCAACCUGUGGCACCUACUCCUGGAUAUACUCCUGAUCCCCGUUAUAACUCACCGGAUUACAAAGCACCUCAAUACAGUGCCCCUCAGCAAUACUCUGCCCCUGUCGCACCUCGUAACUACGGUGGCAAACCUAACGUAGACGAUGGUCAAUACUAUCCUGAAUUAUACGAACGUGAGGACUACCAAGCUCCUAAAUCGCAAUACCAAGCUCAACCCCAAUAUCAAGCUCAGCCCCAAUAUCAACCUCAGCAGCAAUAUCAACCUGCUCCCCAACCCCAGUACCAAGCCCAACCUCAAUAUAAUACUAACAACAUCUACCCCGGAGUACAACAGGCCCAAUACAGUGGUAUCCAAAACCAACAAUACAGUGCACCUCAGCAAGCCCGUCAAGACUACUACGAACCAACCACGCAACAGCCCGCACGCUUCUUUCCUCCGGGAAAAUUCAGUCUGAACCGUGCUCCCGAUGGCUACACCUACUCAUUCCACAAAGUA